AUGGAUACAGGAGUGACUUGGGAUAAAACGCUCAAGAAGUCAUUAUCAACAAAUUCACAGUUGCAAUUCUCAAAAUUAAUGACAUUUACAACCUACAACAAAGAGAAUGAAGAGCCAGUGGCAGAUUUGAUCAGGUACAACUCUCUGAUCAGGCACAAGGAUAGCGAUGUAGUCGCCAUGUACUUCUUAGUCGAUAGGCGAGACAAGAUAUUCUCAUACAUCGGGGAGAACAAGUCAUCUACUAUUUCAGCAUAUUUCCCUUUAAGUAAAGAGAAGUAUCUCAUCAACGGCCAGGCUGCCUUGGUCUCUAAUGGAGAAGAAGGCCUUGACAUCGACCAAGAGCAAUGUUCUGAGGCAUUCCAAGCUCUUUUGGCGGAUAAUCUGGACGGCUACCAGAGCAUCCUUGAUAACUGCUGGGAACAGAUAGAUGAGCAUGACCAGAAGUUGUACAAGAAGGCUAUUUCUGGGGAGAAAACUGACAUAGAAGUGACAACAAAAAUAGAAAAUGAUGAUUUAUCAAAAUACGAACCCCAAAAAAUCGAGGCCAAAUCACCACACUCAUUCUCAAUGCUGGUGCUAUUCCCUACCAAAAUAGACUUGACGAUCUACCCACCUCCACAAGUAAUAGCAGAUGCUCGGAACCCUCAAUUUGAGUCCUUAAUGAAGGCGCCUAAGAAGACCAAAAGGUACUUGCACACGUACACGGAGGAGGCUGGAUGGAUGAUUGACUUCCUGUCUUAGGCCCUAAUACAACCACAUAUCUUCAACACU